AUGUACUACUUAGAUGAUCUGCGCAAACAAGGAGUUGAGUUCUCAGACUUCUCCCUAGACUGGUUGCCAGAAUUUCCUCCAGACUUCAUGAAGAGGCCACAAGAACCAUCUGAGAAGGCAAAGCAGGCGAAGAGAGCAAAGCUGGGAGAAUCUUCUGGAUCAAGACCUCUAGUACCUCUAACUGGAUCCUCUGGUAAGUCUGUCUCUCUCCCUCCUUCUGUACAAGUUAAACUUAUUGCUUCCUCAAUCCAUCAACCAACGCCCAUAUACACUAACUUAGAAACUCCUCCCUCAACCACCAGACCAUCUAACCAACCCUCUCAAAAAUCCAACCUGGCCACCACAUCUUUACCCAUUUCGGAAGCAAAAAUGCUAAACGAAACAACCUCACCCUCCUCAUCUUCUUCCCCAGAAUCACCACCCUACUACACACUUUCAUCAGACACUGAACCAUCUGAUCCUCACUCCCCAACUCUGGCUCAGCUCCAAACACGUGCUCUGGCCUCUCAACAACCAACACAAUCCAUUCCUGAACCAGAAGUUACCUCUCUACCCACAAAAAACCCAAACACAACCACAUCUGACCCUCCAUCAUCUGAACCAAUUCACUCUGAAUCACAACCUCACAACUCCGAGAUACCCCCACCAACUACAUCCGCUGAACCACAAACUCUCACACUUAACUUAAGCCCUCCCAUUUCUCCACCCCAAGCCUCUGAACCUGAUAACACCCUUCUAACCCUUGAGGAAGCAAUAAAGGUGUUUGCAGAAGCUUCAGCUGACAAGUUGAAAGGCCUCUCUGAGCAAGUCCGCAACGACUUCAUCAGAGACGCUGAGAUCAGACUUCAAGAGCGUCUAGCUAGAGAAGCUGAGGAGCGGGCACGCAAAGAAGCUGAAGAGAAAGCAAAGCAAGAAGAACUACAAAGGAUCAAGGAAGUUGAGGCCAAAGCUCUAGUUGAUGCCGCUGCUGCUGCUGAAGCUGAAGCACAAGCCAAAGCUGCCGCUGAAAAAGCAGCUGGUUUGGCUGAAGAGUCUGCCGCCAGGAUAGAAAAGGAUGCUCUGACUCAGGGGGAGUCCUCCACCUUUGUCCCUCUGGACUCUGAACAGCAACGAAGGACUCCGAUCAUUUUAUCAGAUACAAACACUGAUCAGAUACAAAGUGCUAGAAGAUCAGACGCCGCUAAGGAAGAAGUACGCCCAAGAAGUUCUAAAUCUGACCAAAGCAAGACAAUAAAAAGAACCAGAAGCUCUAACAACUAUUUGUCUUAG